UAUAUCAUACAACAAUAUUUAUCAGGUCCAUUUAAUAAGCUAAACACGGUGAAAAUGUUCCGAUGACAGGAUCUGUAGCGUAGCCUGAGGAGAAAUGUAACUGAUUAAUAAGGCAGACGGACAGUGAUUCCGCUGAGUGUAUCACUGAUUUCGUCUUUCUCAAGAGCGAUUUUCGACUGCACGACUUGCUGUAGACUAACGUUAAAUCCCCCCUGAAGAUGGAGUUUGGAGAAAGGAAGAGAAGAAGGAAGUCACGGAGCUUUAAACUGGUCACGGAUGAAGAUUUUGCCCCUUCAUAUAUGAUGGAUUCAAACUGCAACGAUGUGAAUGGAGAGCCUAAGGAUGCUGCUGUUCCUGGUGUUUGGCUGGGGGACAAGGGCGUGGAGAUCAAGAGGCAAAUCACAGGAAUGAUGAGGCUUCUGAGUGAUAAGACCGGCAGGGUAUAUCAUCGCGUGGUAAGAGAGCAGGACAGCUUAACAAAGGAUCCCCAGGAAAGGCAUCUGACCUGGGUACAUCAGCCUGCAAUUUCAUCUCUUAUAUCAGAGGACCACCAGAGCAACAGCUGGAACUCUGCAGGCGACCCAGGGCCUUCACCUUCAUCCAUAUCCACCCCCAUCCCCAACGGUCCAAGUUGUGGCCAGUACAGCACCCGCUCCAAAGCCCUGAGGAGCCUCAACAAUACCACGGAUCCAAUCAAAAUGAAUGAAGCUAAUGCAGAUGUAGUCCCUCCUGCUGCGACAGAAGCCCCCUGCUGUAUGUGUAACUGUAAGGGCACCUUACAGGCUAUUUUGCAGGAACUGCGUGCCAUGAGGAGGCUGAUGCACACUCAAAAAGCAUCCUUGGAAAGACAGGGAGAGGUAGCAUCAUCAUGCCAACCUUGUCUUGGCCCAGGCCCCGCACCUCGCUGUAGGUCCCGCAAGAGGAGGCCAAUCUAUAAAGUGGCACCACUGAAUGUGUCUAGUACUAGAAGAGCUGCUCUUGGCCCUCUGGAGGCUUCACCACUUAUAGCUGCACCUGCAGAAUCUGGAAAGAGGGAGGAACGUGGGAAAGAGCAAGGCUCAUCCACACCCAACAGUCACUCCGUCUCGUCUGAGGUUUCUGUGCUGCCACCUCAGAAAAAUCCUGUAGCUGUCAACAACAGACACAAUCCUCUCCUCAACCAACUAAAGGAACAUCAGUCAUUGGAGUCUGAGGUGCGUCUUGCAGAGGAUCAUGACGUGUAUAUCUCAAAGGCUCAGCUUGACUCCAUUCUGGUCAACUAUACACGCUCUGGCAGCCUGCUGUUCAGGAAACUGGUGUGUGCCUUCUUUGACGAUACUACGCUGGCUAACUCCUUGCCAAACGGUAAAAGAAAGAGAGGGCUCAAUGAUAACCGUAAGGGCCUGGACCAGAACAUUGUGGGCGCCAUUAAAGUGUUUACAGAGAAAUACUGCAGUGAACAUAGAAUAGAGAAGUUGCCCGGGCCACGAGACUGGGUUCAGAUCCUUCAAGAUCAGAUCAAACUUGCCAGGAGGAGGCUGAAAAGAGAUGCUGCAGAAGCAGAAGAAGUCUUAAAUGGACCUUCCACAAGUUGUGACUAUAGCAAGCCUGCAAGUGUGAAGGGGAUGGUCGUUAACAUGACUGAUUGAUUCAAUGGCUACCACACUGGCCUUACAGCAUAUUUGUUAUUUGUCUUUAUUACUUCUCUAACUUGAUGCAUUUUGCCACUUUAGAUUUUUCCUUUGCAGCUGCAAUCUGCGCUCUCCUAUGGAUGUAAAGGGAAAAAAACUAUAGCACCCAAUGAAGAAGAAGCCUGCUUUAUGUCUCUCUCUCUCUGUCUCUCUCUCUCUCUCUCUCUCUCUCUCUCUCUCUCUCUAACAUGCACCUGCUCCAGCUUUUGUGGUCCUUUUCAGUGGACAGAUCCUGGGAUCUGGGUUUUUAUGCCAAAAGACACUGAAAUAUACAGUGGUUAAAAAAUGUCAGAUCAUUUUCAUGUUCAGAAGUGACUUACUGUUUACAUUAUAGGCUACAGCUUUAAUUUGCCUUGUUCUCAUAUGUCAUUACUAGGAGUUUCAAAUCUAAAACAAGACAAAGUAGGCAACUGUAAUAUUAUAGCAUUCAUAUAUUUUGCACAAAUUACCUUUUUACAAAUUGCAUUUUAAAAGGAUUGUGCCUUCUUUUACCUGACCAGUACUUCAAUGUAAUGUGUUGUGCAAGGUCAACCUUAAUUACAAAUAUUACAUCUAAAAGCAGAUUUCUGAUGUAUUUUAAAAUAGGUUGAUAGAACUGUUUUUAAAUAAAGCAUAUAAAGUAUUCAAUGAAUUGUUUUUUUAUUUUAAUUAUUAGAAUCUCUAGGCUAUGCAUAUUGUGCUAUUGUUAUUAAUACUGUGAUGGAAUUACAGUUUUCAUUAUUUUGCUCAGUGUGCAUAUGACAUGAAUAGUUGUUUCCACCAUUAAAUAUGAUUUCCUGGCCA